AUAAAGGGAAGGGUUACUGUUGACAUAAAUCCCAUUGGCGUUCGUCAUACAAGGUUUUUGGGAUUUAGAUACAUGCUCCUGGCAAAAAUAUAACACUUGGAAACCACAUUUUACUAAAAUGAGACCUUUAACAAAAAUCCUUGUGGCAAGUAUAGGUGUUGCUUUCGUAGCUGUUCACUGGAGCACAGUGACCUUUGACCCAGAGACCCUUCAAGGUGCCAGGGUACUGGUGACUGGGGCCAGUACAGGCAUUGGAGAACAAAUGGCUUAUCAUUAUGCUCGUUUUGGAGCUCAGCUGGUGAUCACAGCAAGAAGAGAGAAAGUGUUACAGCAGGUUGUUGAGAAGUGCCUCAGUUUGGGAGCUCAGAAAGCUCUCUACAUUGCAGGAGACAUGGCCACUGAAUCAGACCCCGACAAAGUGGUCGAAUUUACGCUAGAAAAGCUGGGAGGACUGGAUUACUUGGUUCUCAACCACAUUGGUCCUACCCCGUUCAGCGUGUGGAAGGGUGACAUAGAGCACACAAGGUGGCUGAUGAAGGUCAAUUUUUUCAGCUAUGUUCAGAUGGCCUGGAAAGCCCUGCCAUCACUGGAGCAAAGCAAAGGUUCACUGGUGAUAGUUUCCUCAUUUGUAGGUAAAGUGGCUGGGCCAUUGACUGCUCCUUAUACUGCCACAAAAAGUGCCUUAAAUGGCUUCUUUGGCUCUCUCCAGCAUGAACUCGCAAUGAAAAACAGCAACGUAUCUCUGUCUAUUUGUACACUAGGCCUCAUUGACACUGAGACUGCAAUGGAGAAAAUCAAGGGCAUUGUGAACAAUGUACCAGCUGCUCCUGCCUCUGAGGCAGCUUUAAACAUCAUCAAAACAGGAGCCACAAGGCAGGCAGAACUCUACUACCCCUACAAUACAUAUAUCAUAACUCUUAUUAAAGAUUGGAACCCUGCUGUGACAAACUACCUUAUUCGGCGCACUUACAACUACAACCCAUGAGAAGAAGAACUGACCAAGCCAAUGGGUCAGUAUUGAAUGACCCCCAUGAAUGUACUCAAUCACUUACAUCACAGCUUAGCUUAUUACAGUUUUUUUCAGUUUCUUUUGCACAUUUUUUCUGUCCAGAACUGAAUUUAGCUUGUACAACCUUCAAAUCCUUCAGUGACUUUUGUAAAUCAUUAACUAAUUUUCUUGAUUGUUUUUCUAAUUUCCUAAUUUCUUUUUAAUUAAUGAUGGAUCUCAAUGCUGUACAUCCAUUUGUGAAUAUAUAAGAAAUAACAAUGUACAAGAGGUACGCAUAAUAAAACAAUGAUACAGGAAAAGAAUGAAUAAAAAUAUAAAAUAAAUAGUAAAAUAAAAUUCAGAUAGGAGUGUAGUUACAGCUUUAUGUUGUGUAGUGCUAGGGGUUUUCCAUUAAAUUCAGUUCUUCAACCAUUUUAAAGCAGUUUUUUGUUAAUAUAUUUCAGAGAUGAAAAGAGCAUGCAAAGUUCUUUAUGAAAUACAUGGAAAAUGGAAAACUUUUAAAUACCUACUUUCCUACUGUUAUUAUGGAGUUGAUAGAAAUAUCUGUAUUAUAUCUGGAACUGGCAUACACUUGGAUGUAAAUCAUUCCAUAAGGCAUUACUACACAUACAUUCAUAAAAAAUGUGAGCUGUAGUUUUCGCAUACUCAUUACAAAAGGAGGCUAUUGCACUCAAUUCCAAAAUGUUUACAUAGAAAAUCAGCAGAGGGGUAUAUACCACUAAGAACUUUAAAAUGAACCCCUUUGGCUUUUGGUGCAAUAGGAAAUUUGAAGAAUUUUGCCCUUAAUUUUUCAGCAUCUUUUUAGGAGAAAAAAGAAGAAUUUACAAAUGGAAAUAGUUAUUUGUUAAAUAUACAUCUAAUAGCACAAUUGUUAAUUUUACAAUUAAGUAAAUGGUGACAUUCGCCUUAAGUGAUGGGAGUCAAAGAUGUACAGUAUAGCACUAUUUUCAUUCAAGUGUCACUGUCACAGCUUAAGGUGCUGCUUUAACCACCAUAUUGUAUUGAUUUUUAUCAGUUAUGUUGAAUUUGGAGCUGAAGUUCUUAAAAGAUUAAAUAUUUUCUGUAUGAUCUAGCAAGUGUAUUAUAGACCAUGCACCAUUUUUUUUGUAAAUGUAGAUUUGCAUUGACUUUUUUUUUUUUUUUUGUCAUAGUCACACCUAAGUAGAAAUUCAAUGCCACCUAAUUUUGAAAGAUAUUUCAUUGGGAAUAUGAAACCAGAAAUGUUUUGGUUGUUUUAAAUAUUGCCCUAACCAAAUUGUUUUGAUUGUGUCAUUAAUACAUUCAAAGUCUAUAGCCUUUACAGCACCUUCUUCAUAUUCUUGUAUCAUACCACUUUAAUGCAAUUUGUUUUUCCUUUCCAAAUGUAAUUAAAAUGUGUUUGAUUUACAGCUUUAAUAGAACCAUUGGGGUACUCAUAAUGCGUAAGUUGGGUAAAUAAAUCUGGAGAUGCAGUCCAUUUUUGUAAGAAGUGUGCAACCAAUGAUAGAAAUGUCUCUGAGACCAAGGACUGAAGAUUGAUACAUUUCUCUAAAUUAUUUUUAGUUGAGUUACUUGGUGCACAUCCUUAGUGAAGUACAUGUGUUCAUACUUUACAGUGGUCCACAUCGUUAGUGAAGUACAUACCUACAUUCUUUACUGUGGAUUUAACCGGAAUGUUGUUGGUUGACAAGUUUGAGUCAUGAAUUGAAAGUAGUUUGCACUUGAGAUUUAGUCUUAUCCCAGAUGCUUUGGAGAAAAGUCUGUCCCAUUGAGAAUUUUAAGGAGUUGUUCACAGUUUUUCAUAAAUAUGGAUGUGUCAUCAGCCAGCUGGCUGAUAGUUAAUUGUUUCCC